GAGAGGUGGUAGGAGGCAUGCCUGACAGGCCGGGGGAUGCUUCCAGUGCACUUUAGUUGACACCAAGACAUAACUAACAGGUCCAUUCAUUAGAGAGAGAGAGAGACAAAGAAAGAAAGAAAGAAAGAAAGACAGAAGGAAGAGAACUGAGGGUGAUAUCGGUUAGUUAAGGCUAUCAUUCUUAUCUGAAGAACCAUCAUGGUAUCAUCUGAUGUUGGUUCCAUCCUUACCAUCUUGGCAAUUAUUUCCACGAUCUGCCCAGCUUCAACAGAACAAACUUCUUCAACUUUGCGACUUGUUCAUGUGUUAUAUCGGCAUGGCGACAGAUCCCCUAUUUCAGAUUACCCAAAUGAUAACUUGACAAAUGCUUGGCCAAAGGGACUUGGACAGCUUACAAAGGUUGGUAUGCAACAGCAAUACGAACUUGGAAAAUACUUGAGAAAGCGCUACGAUGGAUUCCUCAACACUUCUUUCAACGCAGAAGAGAUCCUAGUGCGUAGUACGGAUAAAGACAGAACCUUAAUGAGUGCCUACAGCAACCUGGCUGGAUUUUUUUACCCUUCUUCUCAGGAUAUCUGGAACCCUGAUAUUCUCUGGCAGCCAAUUCCUGUCCACACUGUUCCGAGAAUGGAUGAUAAUUUACUUUACAUGGAAUCGAAUUGUCCGAAAUAUAUGAAACUUUAUGAAAACUUCCAGAAAUCAAAGAAAUUCAAAGAAUUGAUCAAUGAUUACAAGGAUGUGAUAACGCUCGUUAGCGACAAAUCUGGUGCCACAGGAGACAUUGAAAGUGUGACCUCUGUCUAUGACAACCUCUUCUGUAAGCGUGCACACAAUUUCUCGUUACCCAGUUGGGCAUCAGACGACAUUAUGUUGAAGUUAAAGGCUUUGGAGAUUAUCAAAAUGAAGAAUUACUUCUACACCCCUUCUAUGCAGCUUCUGAAAGGAGGUCAUCUUCUCUGGGACAUCGUAGAAAAUAUGAAUUUGAAAGUGACCGAACCAGAAACCCUUCGGAAAUUUAUCAUGUAUUCUGCUCAUGAUUCCACAAUGAUCGCCCUCUUCAUGUCUCUGAACCUUUUCAAUGACAUUUUGCCGCCAUACGCUUCCUGCCUCAUAAUUGAGUUACACAAAAGCGAGGAGAACUCUUAUUUUGUGCAGAUCUUUUACAAGAAUUCUACUUCAGCCGAACCGGUACCUCUCACGAUGUCAGGUUGCGAACAGAAGUGUCUUUGGAACCAAUUUGUUAGACUCACAGAAGAAUCAUUGACUGCAAACAUUGAGUUAGAAUGCGAACUACCUCAAGAUUCAUUAUCCUCAGCCACUCUCAUCACCGUUGUGUUUGCCAUUUUUUUCCUUAUUAUCGUAGCUAUUGCUACGAUGUGUUUUCGGCACCGCAAAAGAGAAUCAUACAAACGUAUUCAGGUGUAACUUUUUUUUUCUCCUU